AGAGUUGGGUAAUAAACGUUUCUGGCCUUGCUUACACCUACAACUUACUUCAACUCUUACGCUAUCAAUUCUCUCUCUCAUCUCUUUUCUCUUUGUAGCUUAUAGAAAGUUUUGAUAUAAGAAUUUUUUUUUUGCUUUAUUUAUGUGUGUGUGUUUUUGAAAUUUGAAAGUUAUUUAUGGAGGUAAGGCAGCAGCAGAAGAUGGAAGGAAUUCUUGAGGGAUUUUCACCUGUUUCUUCAACUCCUGUUUUAUGGAAGUCUAGGAAAAGAUCUGCCGGUGUGAAGAACUUGGAAACACCUCAAAAGCAAGAAGAGUCUCCAGCUGAUGAAACACCUCAAAAGCAAGAAGAGUCUCCAGCUGAUGAAAAGAUGCAGGAAUCCCAGCCCUCUACUGAACUCUCAGAGCGUAGAAAGGCACUAUUUGAACCAUUGGAACCGGUUACAAAUGCAAAUGGCCGUAGGCCGUCAGCUGAAACUUUGCUACCCCCACCAGACUUUGAUGCUGCAUGUUAUCCCAAAGGUUGGCUGGCUGGAAAGAGACGGAAGCUUGUAAAUGUGGAUGUUGUUGAAAGUAUGCGAAGAAUCGCUCUACAGGAAAUGAAUAGAAAGUUUAAAUUCAACAGAAACACUAAUCAUAUGACAAUGCUGCAGGAUCGUGAAAUAGAUGGUCUGAACGAACAGUUGGAAGCAGAUGCUCAAUGCCUGGAGCAUCUGCAAAUACAGCUGCUAGAAGAAAGAAGCAAGCGUGCCGAUGUAGAGAGGCAAAAUGCUAUGUUGCAAAGCCAGAUAAAUGUGCUUAUGGACAUGUAUCAGGAUAACGAUGACAUUGAUGAUGACGGUACAGAUGAUUCUUAAUCAGUCAUCUUGUUUAUUCUUUUGUAGAUUUCGUUAGACAAUAAUAGGACAGAUAUAGAAGAAGGGUUGUUGUUGUGCUUUCAAGAUGUAAAAUAUAUAUCUGAAUAUUAUUUACUGUUUAAAAGCUAUACUCCGUGUGUAAGAUGUUAGUAGUUCCUUUUAUUUGAUCUACUAUUCGUCA